AUGUCACGUAGUUUGCCUUAUCGUCUUGAAUGUCCGGAAAAGUGCCUGCAGGCUCAAGAUGAAGCACUCAAUACCACAUUUUUCAUUCUAAGACAAACAGGUCCCACAGCUUUUGUUAUUAAAGAAGAUGACGAACGGAUGUUCAAAGUAUUUCUGGGCGAUCAACAUCAAUGUACUUGUAAUGCAUUCCAACGCGAUCGCGAAGUAUGUAAACAUCUUUGUUGGCUUCUGCUGAAACGAUUUCGUGUGCCAAGAACUAAUCCAAUAUUAUGGCAAAAAGGUCUUGUUGAGCGUGAAAUCAAUGAGCUGCUACGUGGGUCCAUCCGAGACGAGGCUGGUCAACGAAAUAAAACCCAAUCCAAUCAAAAAUCUAAAGUUGACUCAAAUGAAAACAAUGAUGAAGGUGAAGUUGAACAACGACCAAUUGGCGAGAAUGACGUAUGUCCCAUAUGUCAAGAAGAAUUCCUAGUUAAGAAACUACCAAUCACUUAUUGCCGACAUGGCUGUGGAAAUAAUGUUCAUGUUAAAUGUAUGAAAGUUUGGCUUGAUCAUCAGAUCUCAACAGGUGAAAAAACAGUCAAAUGUCCACUAUGCCGAGAGACGUUCGGAACGCCCGAACAGUUAAAACAAGAGUUUCGAACAAGUGGUGCUCAACAAGCGGAAAAAUCUUGCAUUCAUUUGGGUUAUUCGUGCCAUCGUUGUCGAGCAUGUCCAAUUUCAGGAAAAUGUUAUAAAUGUACUACAUGCACAGAUUUUUAUCUUUGUCAAACAUGUUUCAAUUCCAAUUUUCACAAUGAACAUCAGUUCGAUUAUCGAGAAAAAUCAUUUCAACGAUGGAAAUUAGCCAUACGAGAACAUUUAACUGCAUUACCGAACGCAUUGCAUCAAAUGUUGGCAACGAGAGAUAUCACAGAACAUGACUAUGAUAUUCUUCUUCAACUUGAAAAUGCACAGAGUGCGGCAAUCAUGGGUAUACCAGAACAUGUGGUUAAGUCAAUGCCCACCGAGCGUGUGCAUGAUCGAAGUCGUUUGUUACAGCAUGGAGAACAGUGCCGUCUAUGCUUGAGACCUUAUCAGCUUGGAGAACGUGUUCGUCGUUUACCAUGUCGACAUAAAUUUCAUAUUGAUUGUAUUGAUGGCUGGCUUUUACACAGUCAUCCAACAUGUCCUAUUGAUGGCCAACUUGUAUGGAGUGCUGAAAGAGAAGUUGAACAAAGAGAGGCUAAGCGUUCGGCUCCUGUUGCAAACCGACAAGCGUCAAAACAAAUUCCGCCAUCAAUCUCCUCUGGUUCAUCAUUACUCUCAGUCGAGAUGGGUUUGUCUGUAACUCCGUAUCAAGUCCGAUCAGUUAAUAUGCCUAAUAAUUCCGAGCUGAAUCAACGUUUUCGACGACUUCACAUGCGUGCCCCACUUCGUCCAUUGAUAACAACGGCCACGAAUGCAUUUUCACCUCAACUUGAAAUCAAUGCUCGUAGUUUAGGAGUUCGACCAACGUUUUCUCACGAACUUGAACGACAGUCAUCCCUUUCGUCAGUCCCUACACUCGUUCAAGAAGAAGUUCGACGAGUCAACAUUGAAUUCGAUCAGGAUUAUACUCUACCGAGUACUAUUGUCGGUCGUCGAUUACUCGAACGCAGACGUUCCAAUGCUAAAUAA